GCUCUCCCGAAGCAGGCUCGUCCCAAGGAGGCUUUUCCGAAACGUCAGAGGUGGAUGAAACAGUUGCUCUUACAAGAAGUUACCCAGAUUCCUCCCAGCACACCCCUUCAGAAACAAGUGAGGAUCCUGAGGUCGAGGUCACCAUCGAAGAUGAUGAGGAAUACUUCCCCCCUAACAAGAAAUGGAAGAACACAGAGUCAGCUAAUGAAGCUGCCAACACUAGGAGAAGAAGAGUGAGAGAGUUCAGUUUUGAGAAAUGGAAUGCGAGAAUUACAAACUUGAGAAAGCAAGUUGAGGAGCUGUUUGAAAAAAAAUACGCUCAAGCUAUACAAGCAAAAGGUCCAGUGACUAUCCCGUACCCACUCUUCCAGUCUCAUGUGGAAGACUUGUACGUGGAAGGGCUACCAGAAGGAGUUCCCUUCAGGCGACCGUCCACGUACGGCAUUCCCCGUCUUGAGAGGAUACUUCUGGCAAAGGAGCGGAUCCGGUUUGUGAUUAAAAAGCAUGAGCUUUUGAACUGUACACGAGAAGACGUACCAUCGGACAAACCAGUUGCAGGAGUGAAGGAGGAGUGGUAUGCCAAGAUCACCAAACUGAGAAAGAUGGUGGAUCAACUCUUCUGCAAAAAGUUUGCCGAGGCCCUGGGCAGCACUGAGCCAAAAGCUGUUCCCUACCAGAAAUUUGAAGCCCAUCCUAAAGAGCUCUGGGUCGAAGGACUGCCAGACAACAUCCCCUUUAGGAGUCCCUCUUGUUAUGGAAUCCCUCGCCUUGAAAAAAUAAUUCAAGAGGGCAGCCAAAUAAAAUUUGUGAUCAAAAGACCAGAGCUGGUAACUGUUGCUUCACCUGAAGUUGUUCAGCCCACGCCGAACAGCCAAGAGAAAGAAGAUUGGAAUGUCAGGAUCACAAAGCUAAGGAAGCAAGUAGAAGAGAUAUUUAGUACGAAGUUUGCCCAAGCUCUGGGGAUUUCAGAGGCAGUGAAAGUUCCCUACUCCGUAUUCGACUCAAACCCUGACCACUUGUAUGUCGAAGGCUUGCCAGAAGGAGUCCCCUUCAGGAGUCCCACAUGGUUUGGAAUUCCACGCCUUGAAAGAAUUGUCCGGGGCAGUAAGAAGAUCAAAUUUGUUAUUAAAAAGCCUGAGCUUGUGGCUUCUUAUUUGCCUCCAGGACUGGCUAGUAAAGUAAACACUACAGGAAUGAGUCCAAAGAGUUCGAAACGGUCAAAAAGUCCUGCAGGAAGUUCAGGGGUCCCAGAAAUUGAAGUUAUUGUUGAAGAAGGUCCUAAUAAACCAAAACCAACAGACAUUCAGACUAAUUCUCAAACCAAUGGGUCCAACGUUCCUUCCAGGACAAAAGGAAAAGAGUUUUCUUUUGAGGCGUGGAGUGCCAGAAUUAAUGAUUUAAAGCAGAAAGUCGAAAAUCUUUUUAGUGAAAAAUGUGGGGAAGCGCUGGGGCUGACUGAACCAGUGAAGGUGCCGUUUACAUUGUUUGAAUCUUCCCCGGAGGUUUUCUCUGUGGAAGGACUACCCGAGGGGGUACCAUUCCGCCGACCUUCCACUUUUGGAAUUCCAAGACUAGAGAAGAUUCUGAGAAACAGAUCUAAGAUAAAAUUCAUUAUUAAAAAGCCUGAGAUGUUUGAGGCAGCUGUUAAACAAAGUUCUGCUAGAAGCCUCCAAAAUAAAAGAUCAUCUAAUACAGCCAACACUACAAGGACUACAACGGGCGCAGCUGUGAGCACAGCUGCAGGAGUCGAAGAUCUGAACAUCAUUCAAAUCACCAUCCCAGAUGAUGAAGGUGAGCAACUGCCAAAAGGAGAAAAGGCCAGGCAUCUGAGAGAGCAAGUAAAUGAUCUUUUUAGCCGGAAAUUUGGUGAAGCCGUCGGUAUGGGUUUUCCUGUGAGAGUCCCGUACAGAAAAAUCACGAUCAACCCUGGCUGCGUGGUGGUGGACGGGUUGCCUCCUGGCGUGUCGUUCAAAGCUCCCAGUUAUCUGGAGAUCAGCUCCAUGAGGAAGAUUUUGGAAUCGGCAGAGUUCAUCAAGUUCACCGUCAUUCG